AUGCAGAACAUUUUGGAUAAGGCAUACGACAAGUAUGCUCAAACUAGUUCUGCUCCAUCCAAAGCACAUACGGAACUGCUAUGUGAUCCCAACCUGGUAGAAGACUACAGUGAUAUUCUCAAGACAAUGCCUAAGAAAUUGCGGCAAGACGAGGAGAACAAUAGCGUGAAUGGCAGUGUUGUGAUGAACUCUGGGAGCGCACCGCCUUCGCCCGAGAAGCCUUCUAAGAGCGCCAAAGAUGGGAGCGAGCUUGGGUCUCUAUCUCCGUCGCAGCAUAUACAAACACAACAACAGCCAAAUAAAGCGGAAGCAGACCCUGCUUCGGACACCGACUACGAGUAUUCUGAUUCCGAGUUCGAAGAAGAUAUGGAAAGUCGGCUUCAAGACUUGAAAUCGGGAGCCAAACAGGGAGCUGCCAUGAAAUUUUUCGAUGGCAACAACUCGGGCCGCAGUUCUCCCGAUAAUGGUUAUCAAAGUAGUUCAUCGGACGAAGAUGAUCUUACAACGUCUCGUAGUAUUGUAAACAACGGUGAGCAAUACAUUAGCCCAGACGAGGAAGACGACGAUGAUGACGAAAUGGAUGACGACUUCCAACCCCUGGCUCCUCCGGAGGAAAUAGACCCGAAUAAACUAUAUGCUUUAUAUCCCUUUCAAGGCCCCGAUCCAUCGCAUUGUCAGUUGUAUCAAGACCAGGGUUGCGUACUCUUAAACGACCAAGACUCGUAUUGGUGGUUAGUCAAGCGUUGCGAUGAUGGUAAAAUUGGAUUUGCCCCUGCAGAAAUUUUAGAAACAUUUCCAGAGCGACUAGCUAGGUUAAAUUGCUGGAAAAAUGAGAACAUGUCUAGUCACUCUGUCACCAGCGCUCAAUCUGAGAAGGAGCAGGUGUCAAUACAUUCUGAAGGGAAAGAUGUCGCUUCAAUUCCUUACGACAAAGGAAAUAAGUCAGUGAGCUUUAAUGAUGUGGUAAGUUAUGCAGAGAGGUACUCCGUGAAAGAAAAGGCCAGCAUCAACAUGUCAGACUCUGAAGAGUUUGAUGACACGGAAAAGGAAGAAUCAAACCGUGACAAAAGCACUGAUACUGUCGGCGAAAUAUACGAAGCAGCGUUACAAGGUGAUGAUGAUGAUGCCAGUGUAGUAGUAAGCGACGUAUCAUUCACUACCGGAGGCACCUUACCAUUGCACGUCAAGAAAGUGAGAAAUGCUGAAUUGGAUAAAAAUUGUAGCCUGCAAUCCAAAACACAGAUCUCAGAUGCCCAAAAUCAGGGUGCCAACAGCAAGAACCUAUUGACGCCAAUUGACGAUGGUCUCCGCCAAAUAUUUCAAGCCCCUACCAUACCCUUUGCAGGUCAUAAAGAAAUACCGAAGUCUAACUCUAACUACUCCAUUUCUACAAUCGGAGACUACUCCCCAUCAUCAUCCGAAUGGACCAAUGACUCUCCUCAAGCUAACAAUGGAAAAUUCGAUGUAGCUCCAUCUGCCUCAGACAGUAUACCUUCCACCAGAGCAAUCAAAGACAUAUCCAAACUCGUAAAUCUUGCGAAAAACGAAAACUACGAAAAAAUCGAUAAGCAAGAGAUGAGUGUGGAAAAUAUGCUAGUGGUGAAUAGAGAGAAAGAUCAAGAGUCUGAGCAAAGUACAAUUCACGAAACAAGCCAAGAUCAAAAGCUCAAAGAUGUCAAACCGCUAGCUGAACUGCGAAGUAAAAGCCAUGACAAGGUAGAAUCUCGGGCUCUGAAAGAUAGUCCAACGGAAACCUCAUUCAUCGACUAUUCGAUGACUCAACAAAAUUCGCAUCGCGAAAGCACUUCAGCGUCCUCAGACGACUCUUGCAUAGACGAGGGCCGCGGAACCUCGGCAACCACUAUUAAUAGCACAAUAUCAUUUGGCGACUCUAAGCACAAUCAUCAUCCUGUUGUCCACGAGCUCUACAACCCAUUGUUUGGUCGGAUAGAUGAUCUUCUACAAAAGCUAAACUGCGUCAUGAAUGAAUGA